AUGGCAAUGACAUACUGGAGGCAAGCAGGAUUGAAUUACAUCCAGUUCUCUGCCAUAGCGGCCAAGAUCGUGCGCCGAGCCCUAAAGGCACCCCUGAGGGCAGAAGCCCUCCGACGCGAAGAGAUCAACGUGAAAAUCAACCCGUGGAAAGACGGAAAGCCUGUCAAAUCCAGCCCAGAUUGCAGCAGCCUUAAGGUGGAGCCGGUACAUGGCCAUCUCGGAGAUCCCAUGAUAAUGAACGAAGGCAGCGGCUAUCACCAACACAUGGAAGAUCUGAUGACUCUGGAACUGGAAGAGAAAAGAAGCUUCUUUGAAGCAAUUGAGACAUUCUCCUUGGAAACCCAUGAGGAGGAGAGACCCGAGCGAGGCCUCCGAGACCGCUUUGAACCAGCCUUCCGAGGAAAGAUAGUGCAUCGCCGGGAUGAUUCCGCUCAGACCGAAGCCCAUGAACACUCCUGCACGGACAAAACGUUCAAAAAGUUAUCGUUUAGGACUCGUCGUCGACUCGCGUGCUGCUCGAUGCUCACCGGCUCUCAACCAACGGUACUGGGGCUCGCUGAAUUUGUCCCACAGAGAGACUAUCAUGGCCGAAAUCCCCAGCGAAACCACGGCGGGCCCGUACUUGGAGAACAGUUUCCCGACAAACUCCGAGUGGCAGUGUACGGUGUGAAAGGUGAAGCUGAAACCAAGGCAGAGGAUGGCUCCGAGGAAGAAUGCAGCAAAGACCAACUUCUCCUGCAUCUGCACCUCGAUCGACGGCCGGGUCAGGUAGUAAGUGGCCAUUGCGAUGAACGCCACGCACCCUGGAUCGAAGAGACCGAGACCGUUGAUUUCCUUUCCAUCCUUCCAAUGCCGAUUGGCUUAAGUGGUAUUAAAAACCAACCCAUCCGAAUCGAGAAAACCGUCAAGAUAUACCGACAAAACACGCAUCUGCGAGCACCCUCCUCAAAUCAUUUACCACCAUAUGUCUCCGCACUCGCAUCCAUCGACACCUGGCUCACGCACUCAGCCACAUGGCUCCUCCUCCAAAAGAACCUCACCCAGCAGAUGAGUCCAGAUAUUCCCCGUCUCCGUGUGGACCCGGAAGAUGGACCGGAAGCAGGCGGCGAAGGACGGCAGCGGCGGCCGAUGCCAGUGGUGCAGGAAGUCAUUGUCCUUGAGCCAGGACGGAAGGUGGUGGAACGACACCACCUGCCACGCCUCCUCGCACACCUUCCGCACGAAGUCCUCCGCGGACUCCACCGCGUGGUGCGCCAUGAGCCCCGCGGACUCCAUCGCCUGGUGCGCCAUCAGGCUCAGGUCCAUCUCGUUGCUCGGGUGUCGCACGUGCGCCUGCAUAAAAAUAGUAAUGCUCACAGUUAA